UCGCGUGCAGACCGAACCAGCCCAGCCUUUGAACUCCGCCGCUCUUGGCUCGUGUUCACGCGCUUCCGCUCAUUUCCACGCCAGGUGCGCAAGACGGGAAACCUCAGAGCGCAGAGUCGUCGCGAGGCACAGUGGCACCUUGCUGGAUUUCCUUCUCUUUUGCGUCUUUUUUAACGGCUCCUUUAAACAUCACGGUGUUAUUAUUUCGGGGGAGAAGAAGAAGCGGAGAAGAAGCGGACUUCACCGAAACAUUGUCCUGACGCGCGGGACACUUACGGGAUUUUCUGUUUUUCUUUCCAUCAUCGGUGGCAGUUUGGAGAUCGCGUCAAAACCCGCCAGAGAAGUGGCAUGAGUAGCGCUCGGCUUCUAGACACUUGAACACUUUCCCCCUUUUCCUUUAGAGCCCAACUUUCCUUACUCUUUUAUCUUCAGCCAGUCAGGGGAGCGAGCGUCCCAGGCACCAGCAGCAUGUCUAAGCCGGUCGAUCACAUCAAGCGGCCCAUGAACGCCUUCAUGGUGUGGUCCCGCGGCCAGCGGCGGAAGAUGGCGCAGGAGAACCCCAAGAUGCACAACUCGGAGAUCAGCAAGCGGCUGGGCGCCGAGUGGAAGCUGCUCUCCGAGUCCGAGAAGCGGCCGUACAUCGACGAGGCCAAGCGGCUGCGCGCGCAGCACAUGAAGGAGCACCCCGACUACAAGUACCGGCCGCGGCGCAAACCCAAGAACCUGCUGAAGAAGGACCGCUACGUGUUCCCGCUGCCCUACCUGGGCGACGCCGAGCACCUGAAGGGCCUCAGCGUGUCGCAGGCCGUGUCCGACUCGCUGCUCAGCGCGUCGGAGAAGGCGCGCGCCUUCCUGCCGCCCACCUCGUCGCCCUACUCCUUCCUCGACCCCAGCCAGUUCAGCUCGAGCGCCCUCCAGAAGAUGACGGAGAUGCCGCACGGGCUGGGUGGCGCGGGGGGGCUGUCUUACUCCUCGCUGGGGGGGUACCAGAACGGGGCCUUCGGCAGCCUUGGCUGCCCCAGCCAGCACCACACGCACACGCACCCGUCGCCCACCAACCCGGGCUACGUGGUGCCGUGUAACUGCACCGCCUGGUCCACGUCUAGUUUACAGCCGCCUGUGGCCUACAUACUGUUCCCGGGCAUGACCAAGGGCGGGCUAGACCCCUACUCCUCGGCACACGCGGCCGCCAUGUAGGGCACCCCCCUCCCACCCACCCCCUAGAACCCUCCCAACCAGACUUUAUUCUUUAUAAUUCACUUGAAUAAUAACUGACUUCUUGCAUGUAUAUAUGUGGACCCCCCAGAGAGAGAGAGAGAGAGAGAGAGAGAGAGAGAGAGGGAGGGAGGGAGAGAGAGAGGAGAGAGGACCUGCUUUGGACUUGCGAUGACAAAACACGAACAAAUGAACGAAUUAACGAACAAACUGAAACUUUUCCGGAAGUUGAUCCACGCGUCGGACCGCGCGAGGCGAGACGCUGGACGGCCUGCACUGUAAGAAAUGUAAAUGUUAUAACGUCUAUGGCGAGGCCUCUAACUUUAUUUAUUGUGUACAUUUCGAUGCUCCCCUGAUGCGUUGUGUUGUUUAUGAUUGACGGACUAUUCCUUUGCUUUUUGUUCGUGAGUCCGGCUUGCACAUUUGAUUGACGGGUCCUGACUCCGUGCAGAAGCCUCAGUAUUAGUCCGCCUGGGGGCCCUGGACGCGGGUACGGAGCGGGGGGACCUCCGGGUGAUCUUUCACGGGUCCCAGUGUUUUAUUUAUUGCCCUGACGCUCCAUCACCAGGUCGGCUCUGAGGACGCCACCGAAAUCACCCACGGCUAAAGUUUCAUUUUCUGCUUUGAAUUCUCCCAUGUGGUUAAAUGCUGACACGCGUGUGGUUCUGAGGAUGACUUCUAUCGGCGAGGCGGAGGUUAUAUUAUGUGUAUUUUAUAACUGAGAUGGUCGUUUCAACUGUCAUGUUAUGGAAAGGGAAAUGUAUCUAAAGUUGGAACCGCUCCGUUUGUUCUACUGCUGAGCAAGGAUAUUUCGAAUAAAGACAAUCCGUCUUCAACGCAA